AUGAAGCAUAAAAUGGUGAGUAUUGGCGAUGACAAUGAAGUUACAUUAGAAACAAGAGACUUUUGUCCUGCACACUUGUUGUUCAAAAUUGAGUCAUUCUCCUUGCUUUCAGAGAAUAGUAUAGACAAGAUUGAAUCAAGUGAAUUUGAAUCAGACAAUAAGUACAAAUGGAAGUUGAUAAUAUAUCCUGAAGGGCGACGCGCAGAGGAUGGAGCAAAUCAUGUUUCUGCUUACUUGGUUGUAGAAAAUAAAAGUAAACAGGAUGCUGGCUGGGAAUUGAAUGCGUUCGUCAGCAUCUUUCUGUUUAAUCGCAAACUUGACACAUAUGUGUUUAAGAAAGGUCAACGACGUUUUCAUCUGCUAAACCCUGAGUGGGGCUUUUCCAAAUUCAUCAUGAAGGAAACUUUGACAAAUCCAAGUAAUGGAUACCUUGUCGAUGAUAGUUGUGUAUUUGGAGCGGAGGUUUUUGUUGUCAAGAACGAAGGAAUUAGAGAGUGCAUGUCUAUCUUGAAAGUAACUAAUUCCUUUAAGCAUGAACUGAAGAUUUCAAAAUUUUCAGAAUUGGAAAAGGAAUGGAAUUCUCAAGAGUUCAAUGUUGGGGAUCAUAAAUGGAAGGUUUGUGUGUAUCCGAAAGGAAAUGGAGCACAAAAGGGAAGUCAUGUUUCCAUUUUCUUGCAUAAAGUAGGAUUUUCCUCAGGUGAAAAAGUUAAGGCUGAUUGCUCCAUAUGCAUAAAGAACCAGUCUGGAAUUGGCAAUCACAAGUAUCAAUUCAAUCGCUUGUUCUCGGCUUCUAGCAGCAGUUGGGGAUGGUCUAGUUUCAUUCCAAUCGCUGAUAUGAAACAACCAGGAUUUUUAGUUGGAGAUCUCUGCAUUAUUGAAGUUGAAAUUUCUAUUCAAGCUGUCUUACGUAAUUUACCACAUCCCGGUAAUUCUAAUCCCAUUGUUACCGACAUAUUCGUUGGUGAAAGUCGAGAUCCAGACACUUGGAUGUUCAACAUGGAAAAUGUUGAUAGGUUUAGUAUCGUUUGUGAAAAACGAUACGUUUUAGAAGGUCAUGGUUAUUCGGAUUCUUCGACGACGACUGACGACGGCAAACGUCUUUACUUUUGUUACAUGCAAUCGAGACCAAUUUCUGUGAAAAAGAAACUUUGUGGACUCACAGUGUAUAAGGAUACGACUUCCGGAUCCGUCGAGGACAUGAUGAAAGGAGCUUAUUAUUUAGUUUUUGCUACCUUUCAUGAAUAUGCAAUGGAAGUUGCAUUAAAUGUACGAAUGUGGUUCAGGAGUGUUUAA